AUGUCCGUGCCCAGCACCCUCAUGAAGCAGCCGCCGAUCCAGUCGACGGCGGGCGCCGUGCCCGUCCGCAACGAGAAGGGGGAGCUCUCCAUGGAGAAGGUGAAGGUGAAGCGCUACGUGUCGGGCAAGCGGCCCGACUACGCGCCCAUGGAGUCCUCGGACGAGGAGGACGAGGAGUUCCAGUUCAUCAAGAAGGCCAAGGAGCAGGAGGCCGAGCCCGAGGAGACGCACGAGGAGGAGGCCAACGACCCGCGGCUGCGGCGCCUGCAGAACCGCGUCGCYGAGGACGUGGAGGAGCGGCUGGCCCGACACCGCAAGAUCGUGGAGCCCGAGGUGGUGGGAGAGAGCGACUCCGAGGCGGAGGGCGAGGCCUGGCGGCCCGAGCGGGAGGACACCAGCGAGGAGGAAGAGGAGGAGAUCGAUGAUGAGGAGAUCGAGCGGCGCCGGGGGAUGAUGCGGCAGCGAGCGCAGGAGAGGAAGACCGAGGAGAUGGAGGUGAUGGAGCUGGAAGACGAGGGCAGAUCGGGAGAGGAGUCCGAGUCAGAGUCCGAGUACGAGGAGUACACGGACAGCGAGGACGAGAUGGAGCCGCGGCUCAAGCCCGUCUUCAUCCGCAAGAAGGACCGGAUCACGGUGCAGGAGCGAGAAGCAGAAGCCUUGAAGCAGAAGGAGCUGGAGCAGGAGGCGAAGAGGAUGGCAGAGGAGAGGCGCAAGUACACACUGAAGAUCGUGGAAGAGGAAGCCAAGAAGGAGCUGGAGGAGAACAAGCGCUCGCUGGCAGCCCUGGAUGCCCUCGAUACAGAUGACGAGAACGACGAGGAGGAGUACGAGGCCUGGAAAGUGCGGGAGCUGAAGCGCAUCAAACGGGACCGCGAGGAACGAGAAGCCAUGGAGAAGGAGAAGGCGGAGAUCGAGCGGAUGCGGAACCUGACGGAGGAGGAGCGCCGCGCCGAGCUGCGCGCCAACGGCAAGGUCAUCACCAACAAGGCAGUGAAGGGCAAAUACAAGUUCCUGCAGAAGUACUACCACCGCGGCGCCUUCUUCAUGGACGAGGAUGAGGAGGUGUACAAGAGGGACUUCAGCGCCCCGACCCUGGAGGAUCACUUCAACAAGACCAUCCUGCCCAAAGUCAUGCAGGUCAAGAACUUCGGGCGCUCCGGGCGGACAAAGUACACGCACCUGGUGGACCAGGACACCACCUCRUUUGACUCGGCGUGGGGCCAGGAGAGCGCGCAGAACACCAAGUUCUUCAAGCAGAAGGCGGCCGGCGUGCGCGAUGUCUUYGAGCGGCCCUCAGCCAAGAAGCGGAAAACCACCUAAUGGAGCGCGGGCCCGUGCCCUGCGGCCGCUGCGCGCAGGGGCAGCUCGUGCCAGCUGCAGCAGCACUACAAGGGACAAGGCGGCGGCUGCCGGGGCUCGUCCUGAGCCCCCUCUGUGCUCCUGCACGCAGCCUGCCCCAGCAGUGAAACGCGCGGCGGCAGAGACUUGGCAGACUCGUGUCGGGGCUUCUCGUGGAGGCAGCCGGGCUGCCGGUUUUGGGCAGCCAAGGCCCGCACCUUUGCACCGGCAGCAGCGCCCGGCGGCCUGCGGGGCCGGCACGGGAGCGCAGCAGCUCRGCCGGCUCCCGCACCGGCAUUCAGGGACUCGGAGCAUCUCCUCGCCGCCCGUCACGCCCCUCCAGGGCUCAGGCUGGGCCCCUUUCUGUUUGGGAGCAGCGGUGGCACUGUCCCCACACCCUGCUCGUGCAGGGCUUUGCUUUUCUACCAGCGCCAGG